CAGCGUCUGGGGCAGGAGGACCGAGGGGCCCUUCCCGUUGCCGGUGCCGGCCUUGUGUCUUGGAAAUUACUUCGCUCAAGAGCGAGUACGCGAGCAGCGCCAUGAGCAACACUACCAUCGUCCCCAGCACUGCGGGCCCGGGCCCCAGCGGCGGGCCGGGGGGCGGCGGCGGCGGCGGAGGCGGCGGCACCGAGGUAAUCCAGGUGACUAAUGUCUCCCCGAGCGCUAGCUCUGAGCAGAUGCGGACCCUCUUCGGUUUCCUAGGGAAGAUCGACGAACUGCGCCUCUUCCCGCCUGAUGAUUCGCCUUUGCCAGUCUCAUCCCGAGUCUGCUUUGUUAAGUUCCAUGAUCCGGACUCAGCAGUUGUGGCACAGCAUCUGACAAACACUGUAUUCGUUGACAGAGCUUUGAUAGUCGUACCAUAUGCAGAAGGAGUUAUUCCUGAUGAGACUAAGGCUUUGUCUCUGUUGGCACCAGCUAAUGCAGUGGCAGGUCUUCUGCCUGGUGGUGGACUCCUGCCUACUCCUAACCCACUUACCCAGAUUGGCGCUGUUCCAUUGGCUGCUUUGGGAGCUCCUACUCUUGAUCCUGCCCUUGCUGCACUUGGGCUUCCUGGAGCAAACUUGAACUCUCAGUCUCUUGCUGCAGAUCAGUUGCUGAAACUUAUGAGUACUGUUGAUCCCAAGUUGAAUCAUGUAGCUGCUGGUCUUGUUUCACCAAGUCUGAAAUCAGAUACCUCUAGUAAAGAAAUAGAGGAAGCCAUGAAGAGAGUACGAGAAGCACAGUCCCUAAUUUCUGCUGCUAUAGAACCAGAUAAGAAAGAAGAAAAACGAAGGCACUCGAGGUCAAGAUCACGUUCUAGGAGGAGGAGGACUCCCUCAUCUUCUAGGCACAGGCGGUCAAGAAGCAGAUCAAGAAGGCGAUCACAUUCUAAGUCAAGGAGUAGACGACGAUCCAAAAGUCCAAGACGGAGAAGAUCUCAUUCCAGAGAGCGGGGUAGAAGGUCAAGGAGCACAUCAAAAAACAGAGACAAAAAGAAAGAAGACAAAGAAAAGAAACGUUCCAAAACACCACCAAAAAGUUACAGCACAGCCAGACGUUCCAGAAGUGCAAGCAGUUUGCACAUUUGUGGUUCUAGAGAGAGACGACGACGAAGAAGCAGAAGUGGCACAAGAUCUCCUAAAAAGCCUAGGUCUCCCAAAAGAAAAUUGUCUCGCUCACCAUCCCCUAGGAGACAUAAAAAGGAGAAGAAGAAAGAUAAAGACAAAGAAAGAAGCAGAGAUGAAAGAGAACGAUCCACAAGCAAGAAGAAGAAAAGUAAAGAUAAGGAAAAGGAACGGGAAAGAAAAUCAGAGAGUGAUAAAGAUGUAAAACAGGUUACACGGGACUAUGAUGAAGAGGAGCAGGGUUAUGACAGCGAGAAAGAAAAGAAAGAGGAGAAGAAACUGACAGAGCCAGCUUCUCCUAAAGCAAAAGAAUGUUCUGUGGAAAAGGGAACUGGUGAUUCACUAAGAGAAUCGAAAGUGAAUGGCGAUGAUCAUCAUGAAGAAGACAUGGAUAUGAGUGACUGAAUAUUGCCUCUGUGGGAAUCCACCUGUAUACGUGCAUCAGUGUCAUUCCUGUGUGAUUUCUUAAUGCUGUAUUUGUUCAUCUCAAAUCUAGAUGUAUACAGCUCUGAGUCAUAAAUGGUUAUAAAGCUCUUGAUGUUGAUAUUAGUUAUUUACAUCCAAAAGCUUUUAGAAAAAUGAUACAUGGGUAACCAGUUCUUGACAGGUUGAAAUCUGAUUGAGUUAAACAAGCAGUUUUACUAUUCUGGUGCUGCUUCAUAACAAAAAUGAAAAGCUGCAUGCAUCUACAGCAGGCAUGGAUUGUUUAUGUUGUAUGAUCUCCUUUAUUAAGUUCACUUAUAGUAUUUCUAGAGUUUGAUUCAUUGCCGUAAUAGAGCCAUGUAGGGAAUGCACUGAUUGCAUGUUAAUUGUGGCAGGAAUAUCCUAAAUGUCAUUCAAAUCCUCCAACAUGAUGGAUCUACUUAUGGUCUUGUUUGUUGACAUGACAAAUUAACAUUCUUAUAGUUACAACUGGAAAUGAGCAUUUGAAACAGAUAAUCCUUUAAGCCUUGUGGCUAAAAUUUUGUGGCUUUUGUUUAACUUUGAAAGGUUAUAUAUGCACUAACCUUUUUUGAUGGCUAUAAUUAGACUUUAAUUACAGAAACAAGAUUUCAAAUGAAACUGUCUUUGGCAGUAAGUAAAUAGCAUAUUUUGAAGUAGAGUUGUAUACUUUUUCAUAAGGUGUUUGGGAAUUUUUUUUCCUAAAAUAAUUUAUUGAACAUCUACAUCAGUGAAAGUUAUCUGCCUAUCCUGAAGUCCAUCUGUAAAAGAAAGUUAUCUCUUGUCCUGAUUUUCAAUUGUCCACUCUUUUAUUAAUUUGUUUUAAUCUCAUUGUUGGAAAAGGGGGAUAGUGCAUUUUAAAUUGACCUUCAUAUGCUUUUAAAAAUAAGACAAAUCUACUUGAUAAUGUACUUUUUAUUUGAUCUCAAGUUGUAUAAAACCAAUAAAUUUUGUGUUACUGUUACUGCAGUAGUAAUCUUAUGCACACAGUGAUUCCAUGUUAAAUGCAAAGUAGUUAGGCAACUGUUUUCUUACAGGAGUUUCCAAGCUUCACUUUUGUGCAGUAAAAACAAAAGUAGGCUACAGUCUGUGCCAUGUUGAUGUACAGUUUCUGAAAUUGUUUUACAAGACUUUGAUAAUAAAACCCUUAAACUUAUGUUUAUGUUCCU